AGUAUUUUCACCUCAAAUGGAUCGCCAACGCUAGUAGUCGCGUUUCUGGUGAUCGGGCUGGCUAUGGUGACCAUGGGGGCAUUGUUUGGGUGGAGAAGGAUGCGUAGAGAGAGACUCUCCGUACAACCUGCCAGGCCAGCUCGGGUUCGCCUAGGGAAGAAACCGAAUGUGUUAGGAGAGAAACCCACACUUUGGGAUAUGUGGACGAGAAGAGAAGAGGUGAUGAUCGAUUUAAAAUGGGAAAAUCUAACGCCCUUUUGCGCCACGCUAUUCCGUCCGACAGAAGAGCCUCCUCGGCCGGUCUUGAAAGCCGUCGAGCCACAACAUCAAAAUCCACCCCGUUCAUCUUCUGUGAGGCCUCCGAGGGUGUCUCCUUUUAGAUGGCAAUACUGUCGACCCACGGGUUCUCCACUUCUGCCCCUGCCAGAGUCACAAGCGCGUGAACUUGGUGACAUGUCUGGACGGCCAGGGUCAGGGGCUCCCUCGCUGACUCGGGCAAAGGGCCCAUCCGUCGUGAUGGCAUUCACGAUUGCUAUGCCGUCGCCUAGUAGGAAGCGCGACAACAUGACCGCAAGCUCUGAAGCAUUAGACCGGGCGUCUACGCCAGAGCUACUCCAUGAUACAGAGCUGGGAGAGUACUGCAUUGGAUCAGUGGAGGUGUCGUGCAGUGAAGAUAAAUGACAGGGUUGUCAUAGGACUGCUUGGCUUUAUCUUUUUUUUGAUACCUGAUCGUAUGCUGUAACUUAUGAAUGUAUGACACUUACCCUUACCUACCUAUCUGAGCCAUAGGGUUUAUUGUUGCUGUAUCGUUAGCACAGACUUUAUGUAAGAGGGAUUUAGAACUUGCUUAACGGAAAUAGCGGCUGUUGAAGGUUGCAUACUAAGCCCUGCAGAUUCUACACGAGUUGUCUUCGUGUCUUAAAGGUGUCAGUGAAG